AUGGCCCGGACAUCUAGCCGGCCAGCCCUGUCUCCGUCGGUGGGUGCGAGACGAAGUAACACAAGUCGCGCGUCGCGUUUCUGGAGGUCAAAUUCAGGGUCGAACGGCUCCUCUAGGUCAGGCCAACUUCCGGCAAAGACUUUCGUGGUUCCCUUGUUUUUAUCAACUUCGAGGUCCUCAGCACUGUUCGCCCGAGGGGCCUUACCGACUAGCACGAGAUCCACGAGAUCCACACGCUCCGUCAUCGAGACCGGAGCUCCUGAAAACAGAGGUAUUCAACCAUUGUCGGUACCACAAAGUGGUCCAGAAGAGUCAUCAGACAUGUACGGAGGCAGCGAACAGGGCCAGAGUACCACCGAAGAGCAUACAAUGCCAGUUCCUAUUGCGAGAAACUUGGACGACGCCCCUUCGGUUUCAACAUAUCGAGCCACACGCUCAAUCCAAAGCGGAAGCCGCAGCAAACACUCAUCGAGGCGCCAUGGUAUGCCACAAGGCGUGUCCAGAAGAUCAUUUCGUGAUCCCAAAGUGAAUGCAAAGGCAAAGAUCAGUCUAGCCUUUGGGAUUACGCUAUUGGCAGCUUUGAUCAUCUACUUGGCCCUCGCUGUCACUGGGGUUGGCAGGAAUACCAUGUUCCAUGUGCUGUCAAUUCUCUUGAUUCUCACGCUAUUGGGAGUGUUCUCCCAUCAAGUGAUCCGCAUGCUCGUGCUUAUGCGACGACCGAGAAGAUCUCGACACAGAACCGCGCACAAGUCCCGACGCCAACGAGCUCGAGGUCAAGCGCGUACAAGCCGCCAAGAGUGCGCGAAUAUGGACACAGAAUCAUUUGAUGACCGUCCUCCAGAAAAACCCAUUCAAAUCCACAUGGCGGGUGAUCUAGAAUUUGCUCCCGAUGUGGAGAUGGGUAGGGAUCAUCCCGCAAUUCGAAUUCCACCGCCCGUGUAUGGCAAUUUUCGGACCAGCAAGAGAAUCAACCCAGACCUCGUCCAUUGGAAACAUGUACCUCCAUCGCCACUUACUCCGACUUACGAAGAAGCAGUGAGCCAGGUUCAGCAAACAAUGGGCUAUCGACCUCCCAGCUAUCUAUCUGAGAGUGGCGUGACCGAGGUGGUUGAAAGCCAAACCAGAGAUGUCGAUGCGGCGCUGGAAAAUAUCCAUCCCUUAGAGCGAGAACGAAUGCGGACCCUGGCAGCUGAUGCGCUUGAAGGACGCAAUCAAAGCCAAGUCUAA